GGCCCGCGCCCAGGUGGACCCCGGCGCCGGCCCUUCACCUACUCUCUCCUCAUUAUAAUACGCAAAUACAGCCAGGGGUGGAGACCUAACAUGCUAAUGAGACAGGCGGGGCAGGUGGCGGCGCGUGCUGCCCAGUGCGCCUGCGCGCCAGCUUCUCCCCGCCCCGCCAGCCCGGGUGUUCCGUCUUUCCCGCCUCAGCCGCUUUGCCAACCGCGGGUCGGUGCCGGGGGCCGGCAGGGACUUCUGCGCCUGGCGCCGCGCUGGUGCCGGAGGAUAAGCCCCGGGAAGCGCCUCUCUCGGCCUCAUGUCGAUUUCUGUUUGCGCCGAGAGCCAAAGAGCCGUGGGGUCGGGAUCGUACUUUGGCGACCACGCAGGGACCCCGAGAGGGAGCCCCGGUGACGGCCCGAGGACCCGGAGCCUGCGGACCGCGGAGGGAGCCCCUCCUGCCGUGCGACUCACCAGCGGCUCGGAGCUGGAGUCCCGCGUCCCCGCGGCGAAACGCCUGGAAGGCCUGGAACCAUCUUCCUCACGUGAGCCUGUGGGAGACCUCAGAUACUUGGUUCAAGAAGCGAGCCUCAGAGUCAGAUAAGUGAUUCUAUCUUGGUGGAUUGGUUUGCUGACCUUUCUUUUUGUUGCCUCUGUUUUCCUUUUUCUUCUCUGUGGGUACAUUUCGGGGCACUCCACUCUGGCAAACACCUGUUCUGCCCCUGCUGGGUCUAGAAGACCAGAACCAAUGAUGGGUUGCAUAAUGUGGGCCCUUCUCUUGGCCCUUCUCCUGGGGAUGAGUUGGGAAGGAAAUAACAAAGGGAGGGAAACUUGGGGAGAAAAUUCACUUGUCAACUUCUCCAGCAUCGUGGCCUCGGGAAAUAAUCUCUCUAACUGUUGGAUCUGCCAUCCCAGCCCACGGGAUGGGGUUCCUAAGCUCCAGUUCGAACCUACAAACGAGGACGUGCCUCUCACUUUGACUUCCGGACCCAUUAGGAGCACACCACUCCUGGUGGCGGAACUCAAGGACCGCGAGGAUAUGACGUGUGUGACCCUUACAGACACUUGGAACCAAACUGGGCUCCAGGUGAAGCGCCCUCUUCUCUGUAAAGAACAGGGGCGGCCCUGUUGCCCCUGCGAGACCAACACCUGCCUUUCCAGUGCGGGCAGCUCGCCCUCCAUUUAUCCCAUGUCCUUUUCCAUUGCAAGCUCUUCGUGUGUCCCCAACCAGACUCACUGGUGUGUGGACUCCUCUCUGCUUCCCCCGGGCGACCAACCUAACUUCUCCUGUACUCACUGGAAAGGAACAGCAACCCCUUCCUGGAGGCUCACCUAUCAGACCCCAUCUGCCUUCGAUAGCCACGAGGGAAUAGAGGAGGACGCAGAGCUAGGUGGGGGGCCGAUGGACGGAGGGCCCCUGUCCCCCAGGUGCAAGAGCACGCCUAAGUGGGGUCCCCUUUUACGAAGUUGGUUUAAUUCCUCUUCAGCCCGCCGGGCCUGUGCCCCCCCUGGAUAUCUGUUCCUCUGUGGGCCGCCACAAAAUAAACUGCCCUAUGAAGGGAGCCCCGAUUCCUCCUUCUCCUGGCCUCUUCGGGCAGUGGCCUACGCGUGUUUAGAUAAUGUCCACUUCCGGGGACAAUGCACUGUGGGACGACUGGGCCCAGAAGGAUUAGGCGCCACUAUAUAUAACGUCACCUCUCAAGGCAGACGUAAGAGAGCACUCGGGCUUAUCUUGGAGGCAGCUGGAGAAGCCACGGGACCGGCUGCCCCCCGGGAGGGGAUUGCCUAUCAUGAGACGACCUUAAAAAGCCUUACCCAGGUCAUCGAAAACCUGGCCUCAAGCGCUGGCGACACCUCAGAGGGCCUCCAGGCGUCCCUAGAUUCCCUUGACAAUAGGUUAGCUGUAGAUUAUCUUCUGGCCACACAAGGGGGUGUCUGUGCGGUAGUCAACGACACAUGCUGUACGUACAUCAAUGCCUCUGGGGAGGUCGAACUAAAUACCCAGGAGAUUUACAGACAAGCCAGAUCGUUGCAUGGGUUCAAGAGCCCCAGUGCCCAAACUAUAUAGGACUCAGAGGUUAUAUGCCUAACAUUGCCUGAUUCCGUUCUUUCCUGGGCCCUCUUGUGGCAAAAAAAUUCUUCUGUUACUAUUCAGACCCUACCUCCUUAAUCUUUUGGUUAAGUUUGAGUCUUCUAGAGGACGGCACUUUCUUGUCAAACAGAUAGUGGCACAAGGGCCCCACCUAUCCCGCCCCAAGAGGCACAAGGUCCUUACAGGUCGUGAGAGCAGUCAGCGGGAGAGUUUUACUCCUCCUGGUAGGACAGGGACGACGCCCCGCUCAGCAAGAAGCAGUUUCAGAAGAUGAGACCUUCGGCCCCUCCUCCUUAGGAAUAAGGAGGGUAAAAUCUCUCCGGUGGAGGUGGGGAGGGGUGAGGUAGACCAGGGGCUGUGUCUGGGACCUCCCCCCCUCCCCGCCCUAACCACAAUGCCCAUUGCUCUGUGCUUUUGUCACCUUAGGAGAAAAGGCUGAGAGCUACAUGCUUUUGAGCAUUAUAUCUCAUAGGGAUGUGGGGGCAGGAUGUUUUCCAGAAAGAACUCAAAUGAAGAAACCAAACUAAACCAAGCCUGUGCCAAGAUGGACCCCAGCACGGACCCUCACCUACUUUUUUCUUCGUUAGAAUACCAAUAUUCCCCGCCGUGGGUGGAUACUUAACAUGCUAAUAAGACACGUGCUGCGGAAGCAUGUUCUGUCCACUGCGCCUGCGCCCCAACCUCCUUUGUCUCCACCUCCACCUGCUGAGAUGUCCCUCCUUCCCCGCUUCAGCCCCCUUGCGGGCUUUGCCGGCCUUUGUUCCGGGAGCCGGCUGGGACGUUUGUUCCGGCGCCUCUCUGGUCUGGAGCAUAGACCCCCAAUAAACGCUGCCUGAACCGUUUCUUGGCCUCGUGUCAAUUUCUGUUUUUGCGGAGAGCUAGAGAACCCUGGGGUCCAGAACAGUCCCGCCGGUUCCUCUUUCUUGGCUCUUUCUCAAGUCCCGGUCCCUGGUGAUGUGGCUGUCUUUUUACUUGUUUACUUGUUAGGGAGGGUAUAUUUCAUAUGGGAGAUUUGCUACCUGCUUUCAGCGGGACGGAGGAGGGUGUGAGUGUCCUUGCACUACUUCCUAGGUAACUUAUUUAAUUAAGAUCAUCAAUAUUGCCAGAGUGAUACCUGCCCUUUCUCUCUAUAUCAUUGGAGGGGAGGCAAAACUUUACCUCUUCCCAUCUUAGGUUUUUGGCUAGGACUCUUAACGAAAACACCAACAAGAGAAAAACAGUUCACUCACACAGCGCACAUCGCAAGGGAAACCUAAAUGAAAACAAGCUCACGAUGGUAACAAAAUUCCAACUUAUUUUCCAUCUUCAAUAAAGGAGAGUACAUUUGCAGAGGUGAUAGGACAAAGGAAGACAAUUUUAGGCCCCAAGGCCAACAAGCUGGGAAGGUACUAAUAAGGGAGGAAAGUAAUGGAGAAUGGUUGGUGUGGAGAUUCUCCUGGUUCCUCUCUGGGCUGGUAAAUGUCAGUCUCUGGUAAAAUAAUGUAUAUCUUGCCUUUAGGCAAAACAGGGGGAAAGUAAAGAACUUUUCCUGUGUUGGCUGCCUUUUUUUUUUUCCCUGACUCAAAAACCUUUUGUUUAAUUUAUACAAAAAGCUACUAAAUACAAAAAGUAGUUUAAAACAAAAUAGUUUGUUUGUUUGUUUGUUUUUCCUGGCAGAAUUUAAAUGCACAUAAUGGGUAAUUCUGAAGAAAAUGCAUUUUCCCCACAGUGUUCAGGACUAAAAUUCUACUGAAAUCUUUGUUGGCCCCUUCUAGAAUUGCCUUCAGCUCAAAAUCAUUUCUGUGACAAAAUGGUGUAUUUUGGGUGGCCUAUUCUACUUUUCAUCAUUAAAAUGUCUAGGGCCUUUUUUUUUUUUUUUUUUUUUUCCUCUCUUACAUCUAAAACUGAUUCUCUGCUCAGUGGUCAUCACAUGCCUGAGACUUCUCAUUUGGGGAAUAUUAUUUUGGAAAUGAAAUGGCAUGGGAGGCACCCAGAGAGGAAGGCUGAGGUUGAGUCCUGUAUAUUUCACCAGAUGAGGCUGCUCAGCAGGGUGUUUGUGCCUUGUGGGCAUUUAAACCUUAGACAUGCUCGAAUUCCAUAACCUUUUAAGAUGACUUCUAGUCAAAAGUCAUCCCCGUCUAGAGUCUAGAACUAUGAUUCUAGGCUUUUCAAAAUUGGAAGGGAUUCAGGGUCCCUGGGGAGCUCAGCUAGAGCAGCAGGUGACUCUUGUUCUUGGGGUUGUGAGUUUGAGCCCCACAUUCGGUGUAGCAGUUACUUAAAUAGAUAAAGAAACUUUUUUUUAAUUGGGAGGGAGGGGGGUGCCUGGGUGGCUCGGUCGGUUAAGGUUAAAUGUCGGGCUGUUGAUUUCGGCUCAGGUCAUGGUCUUGUGGUUCGUGGGUUCGCACCCUGUGUUGGGCUCUGUGCACAGAGCCUGCUUGGGAUUCUGUCUCCCUCUCUGUCUGCCUCUCCUCUGCUCGCUCGCUCUCUCACUCUCUCUCAAAAUACAUACAUAUGUAACAUUGGAAGGGAUUCUAAAGGUUAUAAAACCCCAAAUAUAUUAAAUAAUACAUAAAUAAAACCCCAAAUACCUUUAGAUCUGAAGGAGAAUGUGGGCUCUGAGAAAGCAAAAUCAGGUAUGACAGCUGCUUCCCAGAACGGACAAGACCACUCCGGGAUUGGGACGGAGUGAGACAAGUCCCCUGUGUAAUCAUGUGCGGCAUGCAGACACAAAUGCAACACCACAGGCAAACCACAAGAACGACCACACGUCCCCGUCUCAGCUAACCGCUUCUUUACCCAUUACAAUUUCAGCCCACUCUGUUCCUCCAUGUCCUAAUAAACAUCAGAAUAUUCAGUCCUGCCACCAGUCCCCCGAUUUCCAGCGGCAUUCAUCCAGAGCAACCCUUCCCUCUUUGACCCUCUCCCAAACCCCCACCACAAACUGAAAUCCUAUAAAUCCCUCCCACCCCUCUCACUGAGACACCCCAGCUCCCAGCCUCCCCACAGUGUGUGAGAUCUGUGCUGCGGUAACAGGUACCAUCAAAUUUAACUGGGUUUGGCCACAGGUCCGCCUUGGCUGCUGGGCUCCAGCGUGGCCACGGACAGGGCAGAGCCCCUAUCGGUCUCCCAGCCUUCCUACCCAUCCAUCCCAAACUUGGCUGCAGACUUUCACUUAAGUUCCCUAGAUACAGCAACCUCUCUUAGCAAGUGAAGCCAAAAGGAACUUCCCGCAGAUUUCUAAGAACAUAAACUGCAACAAAAAGCAUUCCUUGUUUGUGAUGUAUUGAUAGUUUUUCGGUAAUCAAGUAUUCACAGAAGGGAACAGUCACUCCAUUGUAUGAUUCUCAAGCACAUCCCCUCCUCCUUCCCACGUCUUAACUCAAAUCUCAAUUGCUUUAGUUCUAUUUAUUUUCCAAAGAAAUUCCUACAAGAGCCUGGAGAAUUCUGGGGUUCUCCCACAUGGUUCCAUCAAUAAGGCUUUGCACCUCUUAUAAAACCAUAAAACCUCCCUGUUACUGCAGAACGCAAAGAGCGCAAUGGUACGCACAUCAGCGGAUCUUCAUUUCUCUGGGACUCUUUGCUUCUAACUGUGUUGGCCCUUCCAUAAGAUUACGGCUACAUAACCAUGGAGUUGGAAAGAGUGAAGAAAAGUGACCUAUCUGUAGCGGUGAUGUAAAAGAACUGUAUCAGGGUUCUCCAGAGAAGCAGACCCAACAGGGUAGAUACAGACAUCUAGAAAAAGAUGUGUUACGAGGGACCAGUUCAUGUGACUGUGGAGGCAGAGAAGCCCCAGGCUCUGCCCCCCACAAGCUGGAGCCCCUGGAAAAGUGCUCCAAACCCCGAGGUCUGAGAACCAGGGAGCCAGCGUCUGAGGGAAGGGACAGCUGGACAUCCCAGCUCAAGCAGAGAGCAAACACGCUUCCUCCGUCUUUGUUCUACUCAGCCCUCCAUGGAUUGGAUGAUGCCCGUCCACGUCGUUGAGGGAAACCUGCUUUACUCUGACUCCCAGGUCAUGAUCCCGGGGUCACGGGCUCAAGCCUCUCGUCGGGCUGCGUGCUGAGCAUGGGGCCUGCUCGAGAUUCUCUCCCUGCCCCUCUCGCCUGCUCGCUCGCUCCUCUAAAAAAUGAAAAAUAAACUAGUUUUAGAAAGAGAAGCAGGACACCUGGCUGGCUCAGUGGGAAGAGCACGCGACUCUUAAUCCCGGGGCUGGGAGUCUGAGCUCCAUGCUGGAUGCAGAGCUUACUUAAGACAAUAAAUAAAUAAACUUGAAAGAAAGACAGAAGGGGCAAGUGGUUGCCUCAGUCAAGUGCUGGUGAAGGUCACGUAGAACGAGGAUGAGAGUAAUCCCUGGCUCUGACUAGUCUAGGACACUGGGAAAUCUGAGCAGUGGUGGGAAAGGGCCGAAGAGAUAAGUCCUGACCUUUGGCCAUGAGAUUCACUCCAUAGGGAGCGGGUCACAUGCCUCGGCCCAAACGAUCUGAUCUUCGCGUCUCAGAGGGAAAAGUCUGUUUCGGGUCUCCAGUGGCCCUGGGCGUGGCAGGACCUUCCCCAUAGCAGCCCCGCAUGGUUCAGGCAUCUCACAAACAAUGCGAGCCCGGAGAGACAGGGGUGUCUAGCAUCUCUGUUCCCGGAGUGAGCCUUGACGCAGACAUCCUGCCUGGGAUGAGCCAAGGUGUUCCUUUAUGUAGAAGUGACUCAGAUGUUACCCCGUCAAAACUGGGGCUGCCACAUACCUUGAGUUCUAGAUACCAUCGCUUUCUAUCUCCCUGGCCCCUUCCUUGUUCCGUGUAGCUCCCUUGGGUGCAGGAGAAAGCUCUUCUUUUUUUCUUUCCCCCCCAAAAUUCCCUGUGAGACUUUUUUGACAACGUAGAGUAGGGGUCAGGAGUCUAGUCAUAGCGUGUUGAGGAGAGGAAACCCAUUAUAGAUGACAUUUUUCAGAAGUUAAACACAAAGGGGAGUUGAGAAUGAGACAGGAGCAUUUCAAACGAGGAAGGCCAACGACCAGUUAGUUUGAUGUCAGCUGCAAAUUCUAUUUUGGCUUUUGUGCUGAUGAGAAGUCAGAGAGUAAGAACUUGAAGGGGAGCUCAGUUUAGGAGAGGAAGGUGGACUUGGAAACAAAAGACAAAACUAAACACAUGUGCCUGUCAAAGUAGGACUCAGGUCAGCUGUGUGCCAGCAGAGAGGACCAGGAAGUUUUCUGUGUCACAGGAUAAACCAGGCCCAGGUCCUGGAGACUCAGUUUUGCUGGGAGGGGGCCUAGGUUAUCCAGAGUCACAUUUAAACAAAUCUCGUAUAUAAUGAAGUAAAAUGGUGUGAUUUACCUCAAACUUAUGGGUAAGCCCCAAGACUUUAAGAGUGUUUCUCACUUGAGCUGGGCAGCGCUGGGAGCUCCUUCCUGAAGCCCCUCUGGUUAGGGUGCUCGGCUGGGACCACAGUGAGGUCCGGCCCAGGGAACCAAGGAGCAGCUCUAGAAGAAAGGGUGCACCUGCUUGCUUCUGGAAGAAGUUGCCCUUAAAUGAGCUUCUGAGGGAGGAGCAGGACUUUGUCCUGCAGAUGCUGUAGGAAGAGGGGAGACAGCACCGGAACCUCGAGGCCUGGAAAGGUGCUGUGGGCUGAGGUUACCCCAUCUUCCAAAUUCUUCGAGAGGUGGAUAGGCCAUCGGAGGGGAGGGAGAAGAGGCCGAGAGGAAGGAAUCCGGGAGACAACUAGAUCCUACAUUUUCUUGACCAGAUUAAGUGUCUGAAUUUGGUGCUGGGGCCACUAAGGAGACAUGGAGGGGUUUUGAAGCAAGAGGUGACAUGAUCCGAUUUCCAUUUAGUAAAAGCCAUUCUAGCAGUCUUGUAAGUCAACCGGAGCAAUUAUUUUUUAUCGGUCAUUUUUUUCUUUUUUAAUGUUUAUUUUUGAGAGAGAGAGAGAGAGAGCGCGCGCGCGUGAGCGGGGGAGGGGCAGAGAGACGGGGGACAAAGGAUUGGAAGCGGGCUCCACGCUGACAGCUUCAAGCCCGAUGCGGGUCGGGUCGGGCUCGUGAACCCUGAGAUCAUGACCUCAGCCAAAGUCAGAGGCUCAACCCACGGAGCCACCCAGGCGCCCCUCUUUUGUUGGUCUUGAUCAUAACCUGAAAUAAAGGCAAAGUACAAACUGGGGUGGUGAAGGAUAUGAGCCACAAAUAUAAUACAGGGUUGACAGCUUUAAUUUAUAAAAAAUUCAUACAGAAGAAUAGGAAACAGCAUCAGAAUGUCUGGGGGGGGGCAAUUUGCCUGGAAAAAUCUCUUCCAGAGUAUAUUAAAUAGUUAAUACGAAAAGUGAUCGGCCUCGCUGUCCUAUAAAUGUCUAGUAAAAUAAUAAUUUGACCCAUUUCACCCAUCCCAUUAGUGAUGACUAGGGAAUAAUUGUUCUCAGUGUUGGCAGGAAUUAGGUGAGAGGCUCAUUCCCAUUAACAGUGUGAUGGGUUUAACUUUGGCAAUAUGCUCAUAAUUCAACUCCUAGACCCGAUGACUAUCUUUCUGGGAAUUUAUCAGAAAGUUUGUCAGGAAGUAUUAAAGAUGGGGACAAAGAUUUAUGUAUUUAUAAAGUGCACUAAUUAUAGUAGAUUAAAAAAAAAAACCACUAAGAUGUCCCACAAUCUUGGGUAUUACAGGAACCUACAAUAUGGUAUUAUGUAAGUAUAAAUAAUGUUUCCGAUUAUGCAAAAGCUUCUUCAAUUCUGCCAGAAUGUGAACAGAGGCUGUCAUUGGUUGGUGACAUUAUGAGUGAUUUCUGCUUUGUAAAAGUGUUUUCCAGAGGUGCCUGCCUGCCUCAGUCAGUGGAGCAGGAGAGCCUUGAUCUUGGGGUUGUAAGUUUGAGUCCCACACUGGGUGUAGAGAUUACUUAAAAAUAAAAUCUUAAAAAAAAUAACUAAAAAAAUGUUUUCCCAUGUUUUUAAUUUUUUUUUUUCAUGACAAUAAGAGGUUUAACCCCAAAAUAAGGAAUUGCAGGCCGAAUUGCUUGCAGGAAGGCAACUUUGAGGCAGUGAAAACUGAAUCACACACGUGCAUUCCCAGUCUACCCUUGAACUUUCAACCCACAUAAACAACAGAGUAACAACUUCCCCUCUUCUCGAUCCUUACCAUCACUUGACAGGCUUAAUCUCAUUUAAGGCUCCCAGUGCCUCCCCAACUUCGGGAUAAAAGAAGUGAGGCUUGAGGGGGAAAAUUCACCAGCCCAACGCCUUCCGUUUCAUUUUAGUGUUGUCUUGACCCUCCCUUUUUGCCCUAUCCCCUUUUAUUUAGUCCAGCCCAUCCUUCUGGAUCCUGGUCUUUGAGCUGAAGACUGCAAAGACAGGGACCCUUCAUCUCUCUGGAAAACUUCCCCUCCCCACCCCACCCCCCAGAGCCAAGGCCUGGGAGCUGGGGGCAGGCUUUCCUGAGAUCACUUCCCGCUUCCUUCUUCCCCGCCUUUAACUUUGGCUCCUGGGGCCACAGCCAGCUUGGUCACUUGCUAACCAGGCUCCUGGGUGCCUCUUCCUCCAAGAUCAGAGGUCAGUGCCUGUGCCCGCUCUGGUUCCCCCCCCCCCCCCCCCAGAGAGCACUUUCUCUCCCUCGUCCUGGGCCCUCUACCCCCUGCCCUUUACUCUCCAGCUCCCCUCCCUUCCCCCGACUUUCGUCUUCUCUCCUCCGGUUCAGUCCCCUGGUUUCCAUCUCUGCCUCCAUCGCUUCAUCUUUAUUAUCAUUCCUGAAAGCAAAUACCAAAUUACUGUAUUGGGGGGAGGGGAGGCUUUUUAGAGCAGGCGGUACAUUGGUACGCAACCCAUUAAUGGGUACCAUGCCUCCCAAUUCCCUUCUCCUAGGAUUCUUCUAGGGGUUUAGGGCCUAUUCGGCUGUGCACCUGCUCGGCCACACGGGGCGGUGUGCGCUGGCACCGGGAGUCUGCGGUGGGAGGGGGCGAGCGGGCGGAUCCGCGUGGAAAGAGCGGUGGGGAGGAGGCCGGAGAAGGGCGUCGAAAGAGCCAUCUCCCGGCCUGCAUCUCCCAGGCGCAAGUUCUGACGCCCGCAGGACACCCGGUGACCUGCUGCCCCAGGAAGGUUGGACAUGGCAGUUUUUCCAAACUCCCGCCUCCCCGCGUGCCUGCUCGUACUCACUUUCUGCCAGCUGUCCAGGCCCGAUUCGGCUCCCUUCGACGUGAUCGGUCCCGCGGAGCCCGUCCUGGCCGCGCUGGGGGACGACGCCGAGCUGCCCUGCCGCCUGUCCCCGAACGUGAGCGCCGAGCGCAUGGAGCUGCGGUGGUUCCGCGGGAAGGUGGCGGCCGCGGUGCUGGUGCGCCGGGACGGCCGUGAGCGGGAGGCCGAGCAGACGGCCGAGUACCGCGGCAGGGCCACGCUGCUGGACGGCGACCUCGCGGCCGGGCGCGUCGCCGUGCGCAUACACCGGGUCCGGGCCUCGGACGACGGCGAGUACCGGUGCCUUUUCCGGCAGGACGGACGCUACGGGGAGGCCAGCGUGCACCUGAAGGUGGCCGCUCUGGGCUCUGCUCCUCAAAUCCAUAUGGAAGUUCAAGAAAGCGGAGAGAUCCGGCUGGAGUGUACCUCCGUGGGAUGGUACCCAGAGCCCCAGGUGCAGUGGAGAACUUCCGAGGGAGAGUGGUUUCCAUCCACAUCAGAGUCUAGGAAUCCUGAUGAAGAAGGGCUGUUCACGGUGGCGGCUUCCGUGAUCAUCAGGGACACCUCCACGAGGAAUAUCUCCUGCCAUUUCCAGAACCUCCUUCUGGGCCAGGAGAAGGAAGCAGAGAUCUCCAUACCAGCUCCCUUCUUCCCACGGCUGACUCCCUGGAUGGUGGCAGUGGCUGUCAUCUUGAUGGUCCUGGGACUUCUUACAAUUGGGUCCGUAUUUGGCACUUGGAGACUAUACAGGGAAAGAGCCCGACAGAGAAAGGAUGAAUUCAGCUCUAAAGAGAAACUCCUGGAAGAGCUCAAACAGAAAAAGGCCACCCUGCAUGCAGUUGACGUGACUCUGGAUCCAGACACCGCCCAUCCCCACCUCUUUUUGUACGAGGAUUCAAAAUCUGUCCGGCUAGAAGAUUCACGCCAGAAACUGCCCGAGAAACCAGAGAGAUUUGACUCCUGGCCUUGUGUGUUGGGUCGUGAGACCUUCACGUCAGGGCGACAUUUCUGGGAGGUGGAGGUGGGAGACAGGGCCGACUGGGCGGUCGGGGUGUGUAGGGAGAACGUGGGGAAGAAAGGGUUUGACCCCAUGACUCCUCAGAACGGGUUCUGGGCUGUGGAGUUGUAUGGGAACGGGUACUGGGCCCUCACCCCACAGCGGACCCCUCUCCCAUUGGCAGGGCCCCCCCGCCGGGUUGGGAUUUUCCUGGACUAUGACUCAGGAGACGUCUCCUUCUACAACAUGGCCAACGGAGCCCAUAUCUACGCUUUCUCCAAUGCCUCCUUCUCUGGUCCCCUUCGGCCUUUCUUCUGCCUGUGGUCUUGUGGUAAAAAGCCCUUGACCAUCUGCCCACCCACUGAUGGGCCUGAGAGAGUCACAGUAGUUGUCGAUGCCAAGGACUUUGCCAAGGAGAUCCCGCUGUCCCCUGUGGGGGAGGACUCUGCCUCUGGGGAUACGGAUACCCUCCACUCUAAGCUAAUCCCUCCCCAGCCCAGCCAAGGGGCACCUUAAGGAAUCUCCCAGCUAAACCGUUCUCCUUGAUGCUAAGCCCUCCCCUCAGUCCUCUCUGAGUCGCCAGCCCCCGACCUCACCCAGCCCCUGUUUCUUCCUGUUGGGUAGGGAUCAGUUGGUCUUGGGAAGGUUAUGUUGCUGCUGUUAGAGAGCGUGGGGUGUAGGGCCUUCCUAAUCUGUUUCUGUACUGGUACUCGGGGGGCAGGCGCGUGACUCUGAAGCUGUUUCUAGUGUCCUCCUACCCCCCCCCCCCAGGCCACAUCUAUAGGGAGGGACAGCUCGGCUAUCGAGAUGGGGUUAGGUUGGCAUGUGGUUACGACAGAAACAUCUCGGUGUCCAGAAGAGGGAUGAGUAGAGGAACAGGUUUUACACAAGCGGGAAACCCAAAAGGUUCUGGGAAGGGAAAAUUCGAGGCUGAAGUCCCAUAAAGGAACCUGGGGGGACAUCGCCGUGGAGGAAAGGGAGGGGAACCUAGGCCAAUGACGAAUACCUGGCCUGCUCCUAGAGUUUUAGGGCCUGUCUCUCGGAUUUUCUAAGACAUGUCCUACAGAGUAAAGGGAACUGGCCCUGCUUCUGUGGGAUCUGAAAAAAAUGGUGUGGGGGCGUGGAGAAGGGAUGAAGGGAGCAGGGCUGGGGGCCGGACAGAAGAUCUGAUCCCGGGAGAAAACGGGAGACAAAACCCAAGCUGUGUGCGUCGCCACGACGCGGAUCCUGCCUUCCUCUCUGCGGCCUCCUGUCUCCCCCUCACCUGGAGUCAUUCCAGCCUCACUUGCUGGGCCCCACAACUUUCCAGCUCUCUUCCUCCUUUUGACUUAGAAUCUCUCCAUCUCAGAGCCUUUCUAGAAACCCUGGUCAGUGAUGUCCCCUCUCUAGCAGCCGGUGUCGGCCUCAGGGCCCCUCAGCCCUCAUCCCAACGUCUGGUUUGGCCCCCUCAAACCCCCCUUCCAUCCGCUCCCCACACAGCUCAUGCCCACGCCCCGCCACCGGUCACUCUCCCCGCCCAGCUUUCCUGCGUGCCGUUCUCCCCGGGGUCCCCGGAGGCUGUGUCAUUGCGCUCGACACAGCUAGACUGACCGCACCUGCUUGUGUUUGCGCUUUCCCGUAUACUUGGGGCUUGUCACGCCAACGGACCGCAGGUGUAUCUGGGCUCACCCCUUCUACUUCCGUGGUGUUCUUCCAGUUUCCAGCAUGGGUGUCGCCCGUGGUCUUGACCUAAUAAAUAAGUCUGUUGAUUGCUGAAA